AUUAUAAUCCUACGGAGGUACUCCCAAACACCAGGGAGAUCCUAUUGAAUCAUAAACCUAUCCUCAAUUUACUCACUCUUCCCCUGGUACCAGUACCCUCCUAUAGGCUCUCUUGCUCCUUGGUUCUCUCUGCCCUAUAUCAGUGGCUCCUGCUGCAGCCCUCCCCCUAAGACUUUAUUUAUUUAUUUUGCACCAACGGGUUUGCUGCAGACUCAUUCUCACUUGGUUUAAAAAGAGAGAGAAGGAGAAAAAAAGAAAAGCUCUUUCCUGCUCUUCUCUCUACCUUGGUGACAGCAGCCGAGCCUGGCAGGCAAUCCCUAGGAGAAAUAGUUGUGCUAAAAAGGUGCAGGGGUCCAAAGGCACAGACUGAAUGGGAACAUUCCUCAACCCCAGACAGGAUGCAGUACCCAUCUCGAUGAAGCCCCCAAGAUCUCCCUGGUAAGUGCCUCCCCAUCAGUCCCAGCCCGAUCCCCCAUCCUUACCUUUAGGCAGCUUUCCUCAUUUCCAUAGCAUUUUCAGAGUAGAGUAGCUCCAAGGUGUCUGACAGAUUUUUCCAGCCCCCAAAUCCCAUCCCAUUCUUUGAUUGCUGGCACAUUGGGUGGAUGAUGAAUACCAGGACUUUGUGUGCCCUGUGUCUAUGGAAAAGAAAUCCAAGGGGGACUUUCUUCCCCCUGGGGGAGGAGCCUUAGCCAAGCAAGGGUGAUUCUGACCUGUUUGUACCUGAAAUCUACCUCUCUGUUCCCUUAUCUUCCCUAUCCAUAUGCCUUAGUUUGGGUGCUUCAGGGUCCUUUCAGAGGGGACGCGACAGCUUGGACUGAUAUCAAAUGUGUCCUCAAGACUGCAGCAGAGAGGCUGGGAAGGAGGAAUCUCUUCAAAUAUAAUAUUGCUUGAGAAAGAGAUGAUCAUUUCUCUAAAUGUUCUGAUUGUUUCUCUUGACCCCCUCCCUUUUCAUCCAUUGCAAUUUAAGAAGGAAAAGGGAGGGGGCCACCUUUUCCUGCUCUCUUGCCAACUGGCAGGAAGCCAGUAUAGCAGCCAUAGAGACAUCAUGAGAAAAGUUUGCUCUUGGAUACCUUUAAAUAAAUAAGCCAAGGAAAGAGGUUUACUCUUCUGCUCCCUGCACAUACGCACACACCCCCACACACACUCCUAGACCUGGGAAUGAGGGGAGAAGGAAAUGGCAAACUGCCUUAUAAGGAGGAACAGCUCUCCAGCUCUACUGAGAACAGCAUAAGAAAGGAUGGGCAGGAACCGCAGCAUCAGGAAUGAUGCUACCCCUCAGGGUGAACUUCCUGGUGGUCGGGUGGAAGGCAAAGUCAGAGCAGAGGAGGUUUACUCAGCAGGGGAUCCCUCAAUCUGGGGGAGGGGGAAGCCCUAGAACAGAGGUUGGGAACAUUCACUUCAGUAGACAGGUUAAUCUCACUACUGUCUGGCCAGCCUUGAAAAUCAAAGAUGCUCUCUAGCUUCCACUGUUUCCCUGCAUCCCUCUCACUAUAGUGGCUUUUCAUUGCGCCUGAGUUUAGUGUCUAGUGUAGCUGCUGUGCUUCUGUAGAAGAGAGCAAGAUAGUGGCACCAUCUCUUCAGCUCCUGUUUCCCCACUGACAGAAGGGGAAAAAUAGAAAUGACCUUGAAGGUGCUUAGGGAAAACUGAACCCGAUAGUGCCUGCACCUCAAAAAUGGGCCAGGAUUGGAGAGGAAACAAUACCCAAGUUGAAAUCCAUCUCCAAUGGCUUCUGGGACUCUGUCACUUUGGCCAUUCUUUGCCCACUACCUGCUAGAAAAGGGUGAGAGGGAUUAUUUUUCCUUUUCUCUUCCUUCAUCCCACCCUCGAUUCACUUACAUGCUACCCCUGACCCUGAUCCAAUGGUCAUUCAUGAUUGCAGUCUUCUGGGUGAUGUGAGGCCCCGCUGUGAGCCAGCUCUGCAGACUGCCUGCAGUUAGGAUAGUGCCAAUUCAAGCCUGGCUCAGUAACCACUGUGCCAGCUGAAUGACCCAGCUCCUGAAGUCUCUCACUAGUUAUUCUGCCUCCUUCCCUAUCUCUCUGUGCCUCCCUUUUCCAUUUGCCUAUGUAUUUCCCACUCUUGGGAAGCUAGAACAGAAGAGAGGAGGAUGUUUCUAAUACAGGACCAAAGCACCAUUUUAAGGAGAGCAAAAUUCUUGGACCAUAAUCUGAGCAUUCCUUCUUCCUCACACAUUUACCAAGAUUUCCCCUAGAAGAAAAAAGGGAAAUGCUUUUGAGAAUGUCUAAGACAUCUAUAAGGCAUGUCUAGCUUCCAAAUUAUCCCAGAGUCCUUCCCUUUUCUGUGUGUGUUGGGGGGAAGCCCUUUACUCCACCCCUCAAUAUAUUCCUCCUCAAAUCUGUGCCAUGAUUAAUGUACAGGUUGGCUGUCAUCCAUACAACUACUCUGGGGAAAUGGGAUCUUCCUAGCCCAGAGACAGACACAGCCCGAGUCAGGCCACAAGGAAUAGUGUGGCAGCAAGUGGAAAUGGGGAGAACUCCUCCAUCCCAGCCCCUAGCCCUGUGCUGCCUACCCUCAAUAAUAAUGCUGAAUUUGGGGGAAGUGCUUUCCAGCUUCUGAAGCACUUCCACAGCCAUUAUUCUAUUUAAUUCUCACAAGCAGCCUGUGGAUGUUGCAAGGGAGCCAUUAUUAUAUGAGGACAUUUGGAUGGGAUUUCAAGUGACUUGCCCAAAAGUCAUAAAGCUAGUGACUAGGAGAGCUGGGCCAAGAAGCUAGCUCUUCUCUUAGUUCUCCAAGGCUACAAAGCAAAGUAGGUACACCCAGGUGGAGUUCAAUGAAGCAUUUUUCUCCAUCCUAGGCUGAUAAAGUCAGGACCUAAGGGCCUCUCUCCUCACGAGACAGGGAGCUCUGGGCUAUGGAUACACACCCCUGAGACUCAGGGAAACUGUAUAGAUGGAGCUUCGAGCCGUCCAUGCUGCCUACCAGGCAUGGCUCCAGGUAAGUAGAGAGAUUGAGGUGAGGUAACUGUGGAAGGCAGUCAAGAGACAAAGGACCCGAGGGGCCCAUAUUGAUAGAGAUCCCACAUCAUAAAGAGGACAGACUAUACAACCACACCACUCCUCAAACUCCCCAACACUUUCUUCACCAAGGCCAGGCUUAGCUGGCUAUAACUAACCCCGACGACCCAUCAGAAGCCACGAUGCCAAGAGACGGUGGGUACCUCAAGCCACAACUGCUCUAGACAAAGAUUAGGAUGCUGAGGGAAGGGGAGAGGAUGCUGCAGGCCUGAGAAGGGCAGAGGGGACCUUGGAGAUGUGGCAAGUCAAUCCUGGAUACUAUAUGGUCCUUUGCCCCACAUGUUGGCAAUGCCCAAACUGAAAAUAUCAGCCUGUCCUCCCUCCCAAAGUCCCAAGGAAGCCCUUUAUCAAUGCCCAGAAUGAGAGGUCUGGAGUCGCCUUCCAAAAGGAAACGAAUCACUUAUUCCAGAAGCAAAGAGGGAAUGGUCAUAGACAUAAUUUCCCGCUGGGCCUCGGCCUCUUGGCCACCCCUCUUCUUUUUGCUCCUUCUGGCUGGAAGGAGUGGCCGAGGCUGCCCAGCAGCAUGUGACUGUGACUCCCAACCCCAAGCAGUAAUCUGUGCCAGCCGCCUGCUGGAGGCUGUGCCCGGAGGAAUCCCACCAGACACUGAGCUCCUGGACUUGAGUAGGAACCGCCUAUGGGGCCUUCAGAGGGGAAUGCUCUCGCGCUUGGGACCACUCCUUGAAUUGGAUCUCAGUCACAAUCAGCUUUCUACACUAGAACCUGGAGCCUUCCAGGGUCUCCGAAACCUCCUUACUCUGCGGCUGCGGGGCAACAGGCUCCGAAUUGUGGCUCCUGGGGUUUUCUCUGGCCUAACCUCCCUAACCCUAUUGGACCUCAGUCUGAACCAGAUAGUCCUCUUCCUGGAUGGUGCCUUUGGAGGGUUAAGCAGCCUUCAGCAGUUGGAAGUGGGGGACAACCAUCUGGUGUUUGUGGCACCAGGGGCCUUUGUGGGACUGGCAAAGCUAAGUAUCCUUACCCUAGAACGAUGUAACCUGAGCACUGUGCCUGGACCUGCUCUGGCACGACUUCCAGGGCUGAUCGGGCUACGACUCCGGGAGCUGGACAUUGGUCGGCUGCCUACUGGGGCCCUAAGAGGACUGGGACAGCUCCGGGAGUUAGAGAUCCACCAAUGGCCCUCCCUGAGAGCCCUGGAACCUGGGAGCCUGGCUGGGCUCAAUCUCAGUAGUCUAGCCAUCACCUAUUGCAACCUGAGUUCUGUUCCCUUCCAAGCCCUCAGCCAUCUGAGCUUCCUCAGGGUUCUAGACCUCUCUCAGAACCCCAUCUCAAACAUCCCAGCCCGGAAACUAAGUUUUUUGGUUCGACUCCAGGAGCUCCACCUGGCAGGAGCCCACCUUGCCUCCAUUGCUGCCCAUGCUUUCCAUGGUUUGGCUGCUUUCUGCCUCCUAGAUGUGGCUAACAAUGCCCUUCAGACUCUGGAAGAAGCUGCUUUCCCCUCCCCAAGCAGUCUAGUCACCCUGCGGCUAGCUGGUAACCCCCUGAUCUGUGACUGUCGGCUUCUUUGGCUGCUCCGGCUUCGCCACCAUCUAGAUUUCGGUAAAUCCCCCCCAGCCUGUGCCAGCCCACUCCAUGUCAGGGGGAAGAACCUGCGGGACUUCUCAGACAUCCUGCCCCCAGGGCACUUCACUUGCCGGGCAGCCCUGAUUCAGAGAUCUGGGCCACGGAGAGUCAGUGCAGAGGAGGGCCAGCAGGCUGUCUUCUCUUGCUCUGGGGAUGGAGACCCAGCUCCUACUGUCUCAUGGCAAGGGCCUCAGGGGACUUGGCUGGGCAGAACUGGACGAGUAAGAGUCUUGGAGGAUGGGACCCUGGAGAUUCGGUCAGUACAGCUUGGAGAUGGGGGUGCUUACGUUUGUGUGCUCAGCAAUGUGGCUGGGAAUGAUUCACUGAGCACCUGGUUAGAGGUGAUCCGGAUUGAACCACCAAAUGGGACCCUGACUGACACCAAUGGCACCACUCUGGGAACCCCAGGGCCCUUCUUCCUAGAUAGCAGGGGCCUGGUUGUAGUGUUAGCUGUUGGCUUCCUUCCCUUCCUCACCUCUGUAACCCUCUGUUUCGGCCUCAUUGCCCUAUGGAGCAAAAGCAAGGGACGGGUCAAACAUCACACAACCUUUGAUUUUGUGCUUCCUCGGUCUUCGGGGGAAGGGGGUGCUGGAGGCAACCGAGUCACUGCCAAACUCUUCUGAUCUCCCUUUCCAUCCUCCUUGAGAGCCCAGACAAGCCAGUUGUAGUUGGAGAAAAGGCUAGUUGGGCCAGUGCCUUACCCCAAAGGAUCUUCUGGAGAAUCAGGACCCAAGUGUUCCCAGCAUGCCCCUGCCUUCCUCAUGUCAGUUAAUAAUAUCUCCUGAGCCUACCAUCUGCCUCUCUCUCUGGAUAUUUCCAUUGUGGAAAAAUAGCCAACUUCUACUGAUAACCCCCUUUCCCCGGGGAUUCUUGAGCGCUGGAGGUAUAGAACUUUCAUCCUCUCUUACAGCGAAGCAAAAGCUAUCAGCCCUCACCUCCCACCUAUAGACUAGCAGGCACUAGAAGCCAAGAGUCUUAGACUCAUUUCCUGCUUUAAUAACUAGCAUCACCCCUUUGCUCCUCUAUUCAUUUAAUUGUCAAAACCAAUCACCAGAGUCACUGACAGGGCCGUUCCAGGGGUGGGUCUAUGAAGUUACCACUUGCUUCUUAGAAACUCUGCCUCUUUUCCCUUCAGGUACAGACUCUAUAGAUGCAAGUACCUCUCUAUUUCCCCCAUCCACUAUCCCCAGGACCCAAAGCUAGAAGGGGGACAGAUCUUCAUGAUCCUGGGGACUGAGGAAAAGGGGGAAUUAGGGAAGAUUAUCCACAGGCAUCAUGCCUGCCUGAGCCUCUGUGUGUCAGAGGGGAACCAUUAAACCUGCUGUCAAAAGGUUGGGAUCAGUGAAAACCAGAAAUGACUUUGAGUCUUCUUUCCACCAAACCAUUCCCUUCAUUCCUUUCAAAGUUUCCCUUCCCUCCUUUGCCUUCCCUCUCAUCUAGGAAUUCACAAAUCUUAUCAUUUAUUCUUCUACCCUUCUGCAACCAACACAUCCAUUCUGAAAAAGUGGGAAUGGUUUCUCCAUUGAGGGCUCUCCAGGGCAGAAGUUACCCUGCCUUCUUCCCUAUAUAUGUUUUAAUUCCUGAACAAGUCAAGGAGUCUUUCCUGGAAACUACCCUACAUCUCUACCACUGGAGUCUUACCCUGUUUCUGCCUCUUGCUCUAUUCUCCAUGAGACUAGGAAAUAAAAGGUCCCCCUCCUCUGGAGAGUCUUUUUUUUUCCUCCAGAAAAACCCGUCGGCAGUCCUUCAGUUUUCUUUUAGUUGGAUAUCACAGCUCCUUUUAUCUUCUUUCCUUGUGGUACAAAACCUGGGAGAAAAGAUAUUUCAGAGAAUGAUUAUACGCCAAACCCCCAGACCCAGCAGCUCUCAGAGUGGGAUACAGGAUACAGUCAGAAACCAAGAGUCUUAAGGCAAAAUGGAAAGGGGACAGGGAGAUUCAAGGGAUCUGCCAGUCACUGAAAUGGUGGGCAAGAGAGCUAACUAACUUUCACAAUAUCAACCUUCUUGUUGCAGUUUUCUGUGACUAGGAAAUUAAUCAUUCAUUAGAGAUAUCAGAUGGGGAAGUUGAUUAAAAAAAAAAACACAACCCCAAAAGGCAGUUAGGUGGCUCAGUGGAUAGAGCCAGGUCUGGAGAUAGGAGGUUCUGAGUUCAAAUGUGGCAUCAGGUACUUCCUAGCUUCUUGACCCUAAGCAAGUCACAUAUCCCUCACUGCCUAGCCCUUACUACUCUUUUGUCUUAAUACAUAGUAUUGAUUCUAAGACAGAAGACAAGGGCUUAAAAAACAAACAGUUUAUUCUGUAGAAAUACCCCUACAGAAAGGAAGAUAGAUAGAUAGAUAGAUAGAUAGAUAGAUAGAUAGAUAGAUAGAUAGAUUAGAUAUAUGAUGCAUUGAUAGACAUUUAGAGUGACUGAAAUGGAGAGAGGCAAAAAGAAAUGUUGAAACAGAUUAUCAGAGACUUAAAGUGAAAAAGAAGUUGAGAAUAGAAGGGGUGUCAGCUACCAAAAAGGAAGUAGCACAUGAAGAAGGGAAGAAAAAUAAGAGAUAGGGAGCAAGCCAGGAGGAUUGAAAUACAGAGUGGCUCCUUUUUCUAGCACCUACUGUCAGUAGCUCCUACCCUUUUUCAUCCUUAGAAGCCUCCUCUUGUCCCAAUGAGGGGAAAAUUCUUCCCUCAGCUACCCAUAAACACAGACACCAACGAUCCAAACUUUCACUGAAGUCUUUAACUAGUCCUUUAACUAGCAACUGCCUCCUCCCAGAUGAUUGAGAAGCCACAAAUUCCUGCUGGUGUUUAAGAGUCACUAGACAGGUUCAUUGCUGAAACAAUGGGAAAUCCCAAAAGAAACUGUCCAGAGAAGACCUCUGUUUUAGUAUAAUGCUCAGAAAUUGGGAAGCUAGCAGUUAGGGAAUGAAGUAGAAGGCCAGUGUGCCUCUGGAGCAGAGAUCUUCAGAGAUUUGGCCACCACCCAACUUCUCUCUUCAAAAGGCUGUGGUAUAUUCUUCCUCUGUGCCCACGUACAAGGAUUAAGGUAGGAUGCUCCAUGCCUUCCCAGAUGUCCCAAACCUUUAUCUAUCCUUUCUUUGUGGACAGCCUGGAAGUCUGGUACUCUUCUAUCCAGUUCAUUCUGGCUGCAAUGCAGAGAAAGGCAGAAGCAUCAGCUGCUCCAAGGGAGCAUCAUUUCAGGCAGUUCCUGUAGGUGGCAGAAAUGGCUACAUUGAGGUGGGAGUAAGGGGGAAGAAGGUUGGAAAACCUGUGGGGAGGAAAAGCCACAGGACCUUCCACUACACGGAGUACAAUUUGAGGCAUGAAUGCAAUGUCAUCAAAGGUGAUAUGACUCAGAAGAGUUAAUAUGAGCAGAAGAAAGGGAGCAGUACUUCCUGAAAGCUGCAAAUGCCUAAAUCAAGUGGAUGCUAGAGGAUGGCAAGUCCACCAGGAGCAAGAAGAGGGAGGGGCUGUCUCCCAGGAGGAGCAAGAGUUGUGUACUCAUACAGGCAGGUUUCACGCAUGGAGGCAUGCUUGUUUGGGGUUGUAUGUAUGUACAAAAAUUGAUUAUAUAGGAUCUAGAGCUAGAAAGUAUAGAUGCUGUCAGAUUCCAACAUCUCAUUUUGAAAAUGAAGAACCUGAAUCCCAGGGUGUUGAUGUCAUUUGACCAACAUAGUGUGGGAAGCUGAGAUUUGAACCCAGGUUCGCUGACUUCAAAUACUGUGCUCUUUCCACAUUGCCGCCCAUUUAGGUAGUACUAGUACAUGCACUAUGGCUAAGCAUGCAUAUGGAGAAGUGAGUUUGAAUAUGCAGUGAGAAGGGUACAAACAAAGACAUAUGUGCAUAGGUUGUACCUAUCUGUGUUACCAAGGAGUCUGUGGUGGUCCUACCCCAAGUGGAGGAUCUUCAAAGAAUAAAGAAGUACUGAAACCCUAAUUUCACCAUAUCCUGCCCAGAGUUGGGACAUCAGGAUAAAAAAGGCAUUGUCACUAUCUCUUCUGUGUCACCCCAGCUAGUCUCAGUUCUUUGCCUUGGUGCAAUGGCUUCUCUCCUAGCAUAACUCCCCAGGGCCCUUCGCAAUAAAUGCUCUCAUCAGCUUUGUUGGAGGCCAGAACCAUUUACCAAUUCUUACCUUCAGUGACUCUAAAUCCAUCCAUAUCCUAUGUGAAUGUUUCGCCUGGUCCCCCUUCCUCUUUUCCUUUUUCUUCUUCCAUUCUCUGUUUCUCCACAUACAUUGUCUCCAGUUAUGGGUGCUGUUUUUUCCUUGUUCAGGGGCCAUUGAGAAGAAAACAACAGAUCUAGAAAGUAAAGCAAAGAUCUUAGGGAUUCUGGUAUCACAAAAGCAGUUCACCUGAAUGACUACAACUGAUCUUUGAAGGGUUCAAGAAAGAGUAGGCAGUAAUUUCCUUAAAUAUCACCAACAUUUCAAGAGUUCAUAGACCUAGAAAUGGAAGACCAUCUAGUUCAAUUCCCUUAUUUUUCAGGUGAGGAAACUGAGGCACAAGAUGAUUUAAAUUAUUUGCUCAAGGUCACACAGGCAGUAAAGCAUCACAGGGAAGAUUAAUACCUUUGACUUUAGACCCAGUAGCCUUUUUACUAUAACACAUCUGCUCAGUUUUAGAAACAGUUUUAGAACAGUUUUAGAAAUUUCUGUUUAGAAACAGAAUAAACCUAGGAGGUCAUUUAGUCUAAAUGAGGAGAUUAAGGCACUAAAUGGUUGAAAUUUAGCAAAGACCACAUAUCAGUUCCCAUAAGUUUAACGAUAAUCUCUAUGCAGAUAACUCAUAUAGAGUCUAGACUCCCUUGAACUCCAGACCCACAUCAACUGCCAAUUAGAUAUUUUAAACUGGAUAUUCUGAUCUCAAACUCAGCAUGUCCCAAAUUGAGCUAAUCUUUCCUCCUAAUCACUAGUCUUAUAGGGUUCCAGCUUUGGAAUUUCAGCAUUAUCUUCUCUUCCUCACUCUGCCUCAUCCCAUUUACCCAACCAGUUUUCAACUCUUGUCAUUUCUUCCUCCACAACAUCAUCUUCAUUGAAGUCUUUCUUUUCUGACACAGCAACCUGCUACCUUGGUUCAGGCCCCCCUCUUUUCUCACUUUGAUCAUUGCCAUGGCCUCUUGAAGGGUCUCUCCUUGCCUUAAGGCUUUCAUCACUGCACCUUACACCUUGCUGCCAAAAUGAUUUUCCUUAAAUACAAAUGUGAGCAUAUUAGGCCCCACUCCUCCCUCAAGUUAAUCAACCCGUAUUGCCUCUAGGAUAUAAACUCCUUUAGUUUUAAAAACUCUUCACAAUCUGGUUCCAAGCCAUCUUUCAGCCUCAUUGAACAUCAUUACUCCCUCUCCUGUACUCUGAGAUCCUAAUAAACUUGCCUUCUCUAUUCCUUGAACAUGCUGGUCUAUUUCCUGUCUUCCUGCCUUUUACUAGCCUAUUCCCAUGUCUAGAAUGUACUCCCAACCCUUCAAACUCACUGAAUUUCUCUCUUCCUUAAAGACUCAACUCAAGAUCACUUUCUACAUGAAGCGUUUCCUAAGACUCCCAACUGCUAGUGUUCUUCCCAAACUACCUUGUAUAUAAUGACUUUGAAUUUAUUUUCCUUAUAUUUAUUCUGUAUAAAUGUGCUUGUCAUCUUCCUCAUGAAAAUGGAAGCUCCUUGUGAACGGAGAUUGUUUCAUUCUUUAUAUUUGUGUCCCAGGGACUUAGCACAAUGCCUAUGUCAUAGUAGAUAUAGGCAUACCUCGAAUAUAUUGUGGGUUUGGUUCCACACCAAUGCAAUAAAGCGGAGAGUGCAAUAAAGUAAGUCACAUGAAUUUUUUGGUUUCCUAAUGUAUAUAAAAGCUAUGUCUACACUCUACUGUGAUCUAUUAAUAUGCAAUCAUAUUCUGUCUAAAAAACACAAUGUGCAUACCUUAAUAAAAAUACUUUAUUGCUAAAAAAUGCUAACCAUCAACUGAGACUUCAGUGAGUUGUAAUCUUUUUGCGAUGGUGAUGGCCUCUGACUGUUUAGGAUGGUGGUUGCUGAAGGUUAGGGUGCUGUGGCAACUUCUUAAAAUAAGACAACAAUGGGAGGCAACUAGGUAUCUCGAUGGAUUGAGAGCCAGGCCUAGAAAUGGGAGGUCUUGGGUUCAAAUCUGACCUCAGACAUUUGCUACCUGUAUGACCUGGGGUAAAUCACUUGACCCCCUCCCCCCCACUGUCUAGCCCUUACUGCUCUUCAGGUUUGGAACCAAUACCCAGUACAGAUUCUAAGACAGAAGGUAAGGGUUUUAAAAAAUAAGACAAGAAAAAAGUUUGCCACAUCCAUUGACUUUUCCUCUCAUUUCUUAGAGGUCAUAACAGGGUUAUUAAUUGGCCCAAUUUCAAUACAGCUGUAGCUUGGGAAAUAAAGAGGCCCAAGAAUAGGUAGAAAGAUGAAGGAAUAGCCUGGUCAGUGGAGCAGUCAGAAUACAUAUAUUUAAUGAUUAAGUUUGCCAUCUUAUUGCAAUACUAGCAUAAAAGAUCACUGA